AUGGCUAUCGAUAUGCACAGCAGCAGCAGCAGCAGCAGCAGCAGCAGCAGCAGCAGCAGCAGCAGCAGCAGCAACUGCAGCAACGGGGAUGCAGCAGCAGCAAAGUGUAUUCACUGGACAGAGGAGACAGGAGACAGCACAAAGGAGACAAAGGAGACAGUACAGAGAGGAGACAGGAGACAGCAGAAAGGAGACAGGAGACAGCUGAGAGGAGACAGGAGAGACAGGAGACAGCAGAGAGGAGGCAGGAGACAGUACAGAGAGGAGACAGGAGACAGAAAAAGGAGACAGGAGACAGCAGAGAGGAGACAGGAGACAGAAAAAGGAGACAGGAGACAGAAAAAGGAGACAGGGAUACACCCCGUUCUCUAUCUGCAGCAGCACGAGACAACCCCACCUCCUCAGCAGUGCUGCAGCAGCAACAGCAACAGCAGCAGCAGCAGCAGCAGCAGCAAACACAGCAGCAGCAGAAAUAUUAAGCUGCACGGAAAGACUGCAGACACGGGGAGGGACGUACAACAGCAGAAGGAGACAAAGGAGACAGAAAAAGCAAACAAACAAAAGAUAGAAAGGAGACAAAGGAGACAGAUGAGAGAGGAGACAAAGGAGACAGAAAGGAGACAAAGGAGACAGGUGAGAGAGGAGACAAAGGAGACAGAGAGGAGACAAAGAAGAAAGCUGCGAGAGCGGCGAAAAAGGGGACAGAAAGGAGACAAAGGAGACAGAGGAAAGAGAGGAGACAGAGAGGAGACAGAGAAGAAAGCUGCGAGACAGGAGACAAAGGAGACAGAAGAGAGAAGAAAAGGAGACAAAGAGGAGACAGAGAGGAGACAAAGAGGAGACAGAGAGGAGACAAAGAGGAGACAGAGAGGAGACAACGAGGAGACAGAGCGGAGACAGAGAGGAGACAGAGAGGAGACAAAGAGGAGACAGAGAAAAGAAAAAGGAGACAGAGAAAAGAAAAAGGAGACAGAGAGAAACCCUCACACUCUAGCUAGCUUAUAA